CGUUAGAAUGGGAAACAAAGGUUCGAGCAGAAGUCAACUUUGUGUUUCGACAGAGAUAUUGCUCGUGUUUGCGUUAAUCAGAACCAUGCAGUAAACACUUCUUGAACCUUGAUUCGACUCUACUCCUGGACUUCAGGGAUUUAUAUAAAGCGACCGUCGAAGUGUCGAUUCGUCCAUUUUGAGUACAGCAGUGCGCGUGUUAUACCUGAGAAUACGCGGAAGAUGCAGAGGAAUUGGCUUGUGAUUGGCCUGCUAGUGACGGCCCUGAUUACCGUUGUAUAUGCCCAGGAAGCAAAUGGGUUAAAGCCAGGGACAUGCCCAUCUCCCCAGUUUCGAUGGAGUGAAACCUGCCCCCCACCUUUCGGUGGGAAGCUGUGUUCCAACGACAGUCAGUGUCCGGGCAGUCAGAAAUGUUGUAACGCCUGGCGAAUCAUGAUAACCGAUUGCUAUGUUUGCAUGCCACCUGAGCCACCAGUCCGAGCGACAUUUAAACCACCUAAAACUACGGCCUCUAAAACAAAUCACACCGUGAAGGAUGGUAAGUGCCCGGCGCCCCGUUACACCUUUAGGCGUGGUUGCAGUAGCUGGUCCACGCACAAUUGCUCCAGGGACAGUGACUGCUCUGGAGAGAUGAAAUGCUGCCGCGGCUUCGUCGGUGAGGAUUGUUCCGUCUGCAGGUUCCCGGAAUUUAGCAACAGCACAGUCACCACGACUAGGCAACCGCUGCCCAAACCAACCAACAGACCUCACCGCGAUCACCACGGCACAUGUCCAAACAAUUUUGAGAAAUAUCACUGGUAUGACGACUUUGGCAUCACUUGCGAGAACCACUGCAACUCGUCCGAUGAUUGCGCGGAAGGGGAGCUGUGCUGCGUUGAAGAAAGUGGAGGGAUUAUUUACGAUGAUCUCCCGGUCUCAUAUCGGAAACGGCGGCAGGUAGAUGGUUCACGGUGCCCCGUUUGCAAGAAAGCUAAUUACGAUUGUUACGGCACCUACGGGACAAAGUACAGCCAUGGCGAGAUGUACAUGGAGUCGUAUUAUGAUAGUUCCGAUUACUGUAGAGUCUGUCAGUGUUACUACGGACAGUCCAACUGCUUCUAUAUCUGCGGUGAUGAUUACAUGAGAGAGCAUUUCUGGGCGCAUGGGUGGUUUGCUGCUGGAAUUUCCGCUGGGGUUGCUCUCCUGAUCAGUGUGAUAUUCACUCUAUCCCUGUGCUGCUGCCUUAAAUGCUGUUGCAGUGACAAAAAGCAGACAAUCGUCUUGCAGCAACGUCCCGCAGUGGCACAACAACCUGGCAAUGUCUACUACAUGUCACCUCCCAAGGAAGAGAAGCUUCCUCUAGCUGAAAACGGCUACACCACAGCUUAACUGUCUCGGUUAAAUUGGCAAAAUGCUUAAUUGCGUACGGGUCGUUAAUCUACCUGAAAUAGUUGAAAUCGUUUUAAUACCUGAAAUGUUUAUAUAAGAGUCUUUGGCGUCCAUUGGUGAUGAACCAUGAAACGCUAUUACUUUUAGGACUAUGCGCCCGUAGUACUUUUGUAAGUCUUAAAAGAAUGUGCCCAACUUGUGGGGUUCUGGCCCCACCUCCACUGAGGAAAAAUCCUACUUUAAUAAUUCAGUACUCAAUAACAAGGCAAACUGUGGAAUCUGCACGACUAUCCUAGAUGAAGUUUGGUAUCCGUAAACUAAGGUCGUCUCUUUAUUGUUAUGUAAUUGUAUUUCAUAGAACCCAGGACUCAUAGGCCCUAAAGAACGUAAAAGAAUUCGCUCGUUCUGGUCAAAUUUCCUGUUAAGUACGUGUAGUAAAGUAUCAGACAUCGACAGCUUUAGUCAGAUAAUAUGCUUCUCAGAAUAAAUGUUUCAGUAUACAUGGUAACUGAGUUCUGAUCUGUCAAACGAAAGCGGGACAUUCCAUACGAAGCAAGAUAUGAGACGAAAGAACCCCCCAGCUUUGUGCUGGUCUCUGUUUCACUGAAAUCUGAGGAAUUCUUUUCAGACGGGGGGGUUGCUAGGUAACAAUAUUCUAGGGUGUGUAUAGCGAUUGGACAUGAUGGGGGUACCCCUCGGUCGCAUUUCUUGCUGGAUAUAGGACAUUCUGUGCCCGUACGCUAGUUUCAUGAUGAAAAUUAAGAGAAAAUACAAACGAGAAGUUGAUUGUGACAAGCAAGUACAAUCUUUGACAAACACUUGCAGGAGUUGUGUACGUGCGUAAUAAUAAUUAUUGUGUUAUUUGAGAGUAUAGAUAUACAUGGGGUUCUGGAUUGAUGGAAGGUCUGUGAAAUAUUGCUGGCAAGGCAAGACAUAGGUCCACAGCUGAAAGGAUCUACAUAGUACUUGUGACCUUAUGUGUGUAGACCCCUACAUCUGUUUUUAGUUUAAUGAAUGCUAGGGACGUAAAUAUUUGUGACAAUCGAAACCUCUUAGGUGUUGAUUUGUAUUUCUGUUAUUUAUAACAUGCAGUUUGUAACUAUCUGUAGAAAUAAUACUACUCACCAAGGAGUUCCCACAACCAGUGCUCUAUGACAAUGAGGUCAAUAGUCUGGAUUUUUGCGUGGAGUGUAUUAUUUCAACAACCCCAACAGCAUUACCCAUCUCACUUGUUCUCCAUAUUCUUGUUCAUUUUUCACCUGUUAAUUGAAAGGCCACAAAUAAAGCAUUUACACUGUAGUAGGCUACGGCAUGCAUGUUUAACCA